AUGGCUGAAAUCGUGGGGCCGGCUGCCGCUAUCGUCGCACUCAUCAAUGUCAUCGGAAAAGCAGCCUUUAUGGGCCAUGGCUACCGUGAAAAGGUCAAGGGAGCUUCAGAACAGAUUAAGAGGCUUGUAGACGAGCUCGAUUCUCUGAAGCUAGUACUCAUUUCUCUACAAAAUCAUAUUGAGCAAGAUCCAGAUUCGUUGCAAACACUCCGGAGGCUUGGUCCUCGGCUCACAAGAUGUGAAGAGGAUGUACAGUUACUUAUCAAAAAGCUGGAGAAGCCCCAGUCCAGAUGGAGGUGGUUCUUCAGGCGACUUAAAUGGCCUUUGGAUGAAGCAGAUACUCAGCAAACAAUUAAAGGGCUUGACAGGCUCAAAAACACUUUUGCUUUAGCACUCAACGCCGAUCAUAUCUCCAUCGCACGACGAAUUGAGCGAAACACCAAAGGUAUACAUAACUCUGGGAGAAUGGAACAACGUCGGGUUGUGUUGGGUUGGAUAUACGCUAGGCAUUUUUAUAAGAAGCACCGCAAGAUCAAAGGUCGCCGGCAUCCUCAUACAGGUCUGUGGAUAUUGAGAGAUAUAGAGUUUAUGAAAUGGUUCUCGGAUACAGAUUUCCAAAUACUUUGGGGCCACGGUAUUCCCGGAGUGGGAAAGACAUUUUUGAGCUCUGUCUUAAAUGCUCUCGAGGAAUAUUCCUACUUGCGCGAUUUAAUCUCCCCAAACACUACCCCUUAUAAUACUGGCCUCCCGGAUAUCACCCCUGUGAGAAUUACCCCCCAACCACAAGGAUAUAGGACCUUCAGGCCUGGUGUUCAAGAAUACUAUAAUAAUUCGGAGUUUGACGCAUUCGAUGAUUCGGACCUUGAAACAGAAACAACUCAUGAUUCGGGCAUCGAAAUACCCGACUCCCCAAUAUUUUCCUUCUCCCAUGUCAACAUCAACGCUGAUCGUGUGCGUGAAGAUGACGAAACCACCGUAACCACCGACAUCGUAUACAACCAGAUGAUUGAAUGCGAAGAGGCCAAAAAUCGCGCCGAUGAAAACCUCAGGAAGCAUAGAGAGCACCUUCACCGGAAAAUAACAAAGAAACUGAAAAAUGCAGAGCUACCAGACGGUGCAGACCCCACCGAUGCUAGCAGUCACCUAAAGUCGUUCCUACGGGAGAAAGCUCGAGAAUCAAAGGAGGGAGAUCGUCAAAGACGAGAGCGAGAAACAAGAGAGAAAGAACAACAAGAGCGAGAGCAAAAAGCAAGGGAGAAAGAGCGUCAAGCGCGAGAGCGAGAAGCAAAGGAAAAAGAACGUCAAGAGCGAGAGCAAAAAGAAAAAGAAAAAGAACGUCAAGAGCGAGAUCGAAAAAUAAGGGAGAGAGAACAACAAGAGCGAGAUCGACUAGCAAGGCAAAACGAACGUCAAGCACGAGAGCGAGAUGCGAAGGAAAAAGAACGUCAAGAGCGAGAAAAAAAGGAAAAGGAACGUCAAGAGCGAGAGCGAAAAGCAAGGGAGGUAGAACAACAAUUACGAGAUCGAGCAGCACAAAUGCGAGAACGAGUAGCAAUGGAGAGAGAACGCCAGGAGCGAGAGCGACAAGCAAGAGAGAAAGAACGUCAUGAGCGAGAGCAGGAAGCAAGAGAGAACGUACGUCUAGUUAGAGAGUUAGAAGCAAGAGAGAGAGCACGUCAAGAGCGAGAGCAGGAAGCAAGAGAGAACGUACGCCUAGUUAAAGAGCUAGAAGCAAGGGAAAGAGCACGUCGAGAGCGAGAGCAGGAAGAAAGAGAGAACGUACGUCUAGUUAGAGAUCUAGAAGCAAGGGAGAGAGUACGUCGAGAGCGAGAGCGAGAAGAAAGAGAGAACGAACGCCGAGCUAGAGAGCAAGAAAAAAAGGUGCAAGAUAACGCUAAAAAGGCUAGAAAGAUUCAGAAGAAGCGUGGUUCGAGGGGUUAA